AUGGGGGCAUCAUUGAUCGUAUUUGUUUUGUGUUUGUUUCCUUACGAUUCGUUCUCGGUGAAGUUCUUUGGCGCCUUCAUUGCGCUCGCCAUCUGUGCGCUAUGCGGAUUAACCCAAGCGGAUAUAUCGCUCAAGUUGCAACAGCAACAGCAGCAGCAACUGCAACUGCAGCAACAGCAACUGCAGCAGCAGCAACCGCAGCUGAUCACCAAGCAGCAGUACUACAAGACGGGCGGUGGCUUCCAGGAGAGCAACUACGCCAAUUCCGGCUAUCAGAUCUUCGAGGUGCACAAUCACUUUGCCGCCAAGGGCCCCGCCUACCUGCCGCCCGCGGGUCAGAGUGCCAAUGCUCAUGCCCACGACGAUAGCUUGGACUUGAGCUUCCUCAACUUUGCCGAUGCUCCAGUUCCGGCUCCUGCUGCCACUCCAGUUCCAGCUCCAGUUGCCACUGCAGCUGCUCCUGCUCCUUCCUCAGCUGCUGCCUCGAUUCCCGUGCCCUUCCCUUCGAGCUACCAGCAUGAUUUCCAGCGCACAGCUCCGGCUUCAUCCCCGGUGGGUUACAGCGGUCAGGCCUAUCUGCCACCCACGGUGGCCGCACCCAUUGUCCAGCAGCAGCAACAGCAGCAGCAAGUGAUUCAGCAGCAACAGGAGUAUGUGCAGCAGCAACAACAGCCAGUGAUUCCGCAGCAGCAACAGCAGGUGCAACAGCAGUACAGCCAACAGAACAACUACGAGGCUCCAGCAUAUCUGCCGCCCACUGCCGGAGAGGCAGUUGCCCAGCCAGUGCCCAGCUACCAGGCCACGCCCAUCAGCUACCAGCAGCCACAGAAGGUCUUCCAAGGACCAACAUAUCUGCCACCACAGCAGCAGGAACAGCAGCAGCAGCAAGUGCAGCAAGUGCAGCAAGUUCAAGAGGUGCAACAGCAACAGCAGCAACAGCAAGUGCAACAGAUUCAGUCCGUUCAGCAGCAGCAGGAGGUUUCUGUGCAGAAUCCGGGUCAGGAAUACCGUGCUCCUGGCUAUCUGCCACCUGGCUACGAAUUCGCGUCUCCCGAUCAGUUGCCCGUGUCGCUCAGCCAGAGUGUCGCCACCGCAGCGCAGAGUGUGUCCUCCGUUCAGAAUGUUGCCACCAACACACAGAGUGUUGCAUCCGUGCAGCAGGUGGCCGGCGAGUAUCGUGCUCCUGGCUAUCUGCCACCUGGCUACGAUGAGCCACGUCCCCAGGCACCCACCCAGAUCACCUACCAGCAGGCACAGCCACAGCAGCAACAGCUGCAGCAGCCACAGCAGCAACAACAGUUGCAGCAACAGCAGCAACAACAGCUGCAACAGCAACAGGUGUACGCUGCUCCCGCGGAAGCAACCGCUAGCAAUCCUGGUGCCCUGCCCGAUGGCUAUGAUUUCGUGAAGCCCGAAAACGCCGAGGCCGCCAUUGCCGAGCUGCACAGCCUGCAAACCCAAACCAAACUGCUGAAGCAGCAGCAGGAGCAGCAGUUGCUCUUGCAACAGCAGCAGCAACAGCAACAGCAACAGCAACAGCAGCAGCAACAACAGCAGCAACAGCAACAGCAGCAGCAACAGCAACAACAGCGGCAGCAACAGCAACAGCAACUGCAGCAGCAGCAGAUCGUGGUGCAGUCUCAGUUGCAGGCUGCCCAGCAACAGCAAAGCGCAGACAUCGUCUAUGGUCGUCCCAAGUCGCAGCAGCAGCAGCCUUUGGCUCCUCAAAACACACUGGCCACAUCCACUAGUGGCGGCUACCAGCAACAGUUUACGGCUCCUGGCUACCUGCCUCCCACUGGCACUGCUUCAGCUCCAGCUCCAUCGCCAGUUGCGGCUCAUGCUACCGUUUCCAUUCCCGCUCCUGCUCCCUUGGCUGCACCUGCUCCCGCUCCAGUUUCCGCUCCAGCUGCAGCUCCAGCUCCUGUUGCCGUUGUCCAGGCGACAGCCACUUCUAGCAGCCACUCCUACCAGCAGCAAUACAGGGCAUCUGGCUAUCUGCCACCAGCAGUGGCUGCUCCUGCUCCAGCUCCAGUCCGCGUUGCUGCACCAGCUCCUGCUCCUGCUCCUGUCCGUGUUGCUGCACCUGCUCCAGCUCCAGUGCGAGUUCCCGCUCCCGCUCCCAUCCACGUGAGUGGCCCCGCUCCCAUUGCCAUUUCGCUGCCAGCUCCAGCGCCCACCCAGGUGACGCACAUCCACUCCCUGCGGAGCUACAUGAACACCGUGCAGCCCUUCGCCCGCUAUGCCCAGCCAGUCACUGUCCGCCAGCAGCAACAUCAUCAUGUCCAGCAGAAGCAACAUCAUCAUGUCCAGCAGCAGCAGCAGCAGCAGCAGGUCAUCGAGGUGGCUCCCAUGUACCGUGAGCAAUCGAAGCGUCCCCGUUUCUAUGCCCCUGCCUACGUGAGCAGUGCUGUGCCCCGCCAGCAACCCCAGCAGGUGCAGCAGGCACAGCACCACCUGCACCACCACUACCACCGCGUGGUGCAGAGCCAGCAGAAGCUGCAGCCCACCCUCAACUUCAAGGCGCAGCAAUCGCUGCAGAAGUUCAUGCCCAAGGACGUCCAGGUGGCGGUGAAUGUGGCCAUGGCAGCCACAGCCCCAGUGGUGGCACCUGUUGCGCUGCGUGGCAGCUCCCGGGUGCGCACGGUGCAGAUAGUGAAGCCGCAUGCCACACGAACGUUCAAGGUGCUGGAGCAACUCGAUCAGGCUGGUGUGAAGACGAUCAAGAUACUGGGCGCUAGCAAUGAGCAGCCGCAGGGACGCCAUCAGGUGGUCCGGGUGGUCACCCAGAAUGCGCACAGUGGUGCGGAGAGUCAUGUGCAGACCGUCAAGAUCUACGAUGAUGUGCAGCAGCCACUGCGAUUGCUGCCACUGGCGCAGCCACGUAGCAAUGCCUACUUGCCACCAGCUCGUCCCAGGUCGCGUAUCGUGCGGCAGGCAUCGAAGCCACUGCGUCUGCAUCCCGUGGCCAGUCUGUAGGGGAUUGGGGCACUCAUCCGGAGCGCAAUGCCCAGCACUGAUUAGUUCUUAAUCUC